UGCACCCGCUCCGAUCGCGAUCGUGUGACUCGGAAACGCUAUUAGUAGCCUUGGAUAAAACAUCUGAUUCGGGAUAGCAGUGUACUUAAUUUGUCUUAAUUAACGAAGCAAUCAGAUAUUUGUAUGUAUUCUCGGAUAUUAGCGGACGCCCGCCUUUAUGGAGCUGAUGAUAUUAGCGCGUGACAUAGUUAUGAAGUCGUCGUACUCGUAAUCGGUCACGCUUGUUAUGCGCUCGUCGGAAUAUAUCGUCAGUCCGGGUCCGAUAAUUGUAACCUUGAAUAUAUCCACGAUCGCGAAUCGUCACCGAAGCUGAGAACGAACAGCCGAACCGUUUUCACCGCUGAGUGUGCGGAUCUCUUGGGGCCGCGCGAAGGAGGCGCGAGGUGUCAAUAGGAAGCUGGAGGCUAACCUAAGAUGCGAACAUCCGUGAACGUUGACGCGCUUAUACUACUGGGAAUUCAUCUGUUGUUUUGGGCCCUCGACACGGUAGCGGCUAGUGGCGGAGCUCUCGAUUCUACCCCGACUUUCCAAACCGGUGCCUCGAGCACUUCACAUUCCAAAAUAACAGCAUUCUCCGCUACUCUCACCAAUGGACUGGCCCAGGCGGUGGCUCACGAAUCAACUGGGGAUACUUGCAAUGACGAUCUAGCUUGCAUUACUAUGGCUUCUCACGAUCGGCUGGGAUUAGAAGCUAUAAAAUCUCUUCACAGUCAGUUGGACGAUGACGCCAAUGGAAAUGUUGAUCUAUCCGAAUCUGAUGAUUUUUUAAGAGAAGAACUGCAAUAUGAAGCUGGUUACGAACGGAGGCAAAGAGCUUUUCAUCAUAAUGAUGAUAUGCACAUUAGUGUACGAGAACUAUGGGAAGCGUGGCUAAGAUCAGAAGUUCAUAACUGGACAAUAGAACAAACAUCCGAAUGGUUAACUUCCAAUGUUGAGCUUCCUCAAUAUGUUCCUACUUUUAUACAGCAUCGUGUAACUGGUGCUACGCUUCCUCGAUUAGCUGUGAACAAUAUGCAUUAUCUUAAUAAUGUUUUGGGUAUUAAAGAUCCCAUUCAUAAACAAAAAAUUGCCUUAAAAGCGAUGGAUGUUGUUCUUUUUGGACCUCCUAAAGAUACUGGACACAACAUCAAAGAUUUGGUAUUAGUUACAUUGUUAUUUAUUGCACUUAUUGGAUGCUGGUACGUAUAUCAACAAAAGAAAAGUUCGCAAAAGCAUCUUCAUAGAAUGAUGAAAGAUAUGGAAAGUUUGCAUAAGGCGGAACUUGCCCUGGAAAAUUUGCAGAAAGAGUUGGAAAGAGCGAGAUUGGAACAAGAAAGUGUAGCUACCGAAAAGCAGAAUUUAGAAAAACGUUUACAAGAUGAAAGCUUAGGAUUACAUACUUCGUAUUCGGAUCUUGAAGUGUCACAAUUAAAAGCGGAAAUUGAAAUGUUGAAAUUAGAAUUACAACGAGCAGAAGGUGAACUCGAAGACAGAUGUUGGUCACCUCCGGCGGGAUUGCAGCAUUGGCUACAAUUAACUCAUGAAAUUGAAAAUAAAGCGUAUACAAAUAAGAAAAUAGGAGCCGAGAAGCAACUUCAACAAGCACGAGAAGCGUGCGAGAAAUUGCGUAAGAAGCGUUCUAGCCUGGUAGGUGCCUUUGUUUCGACUCAUGGUAAAUCCAUUGAUGAAGUCGAUAAGAGCAUAGUUGAAGCAAGAACUUCACUGAACGAAGUGACAAACGAGUUGAAAGAAAGAGUACAUCGUUGGAAGCAAAUCGAGCUGCUUUGUGGUUUCAAUAUAAUUAAUAAUAAUGGAUUAAGCUAUUUAGAGACAGUUUUGUACAGAGGGACACCUAACGGUAGAGGUCUUGGACUCAGAGGACGACUCAGUAGCCAAGAUGAUUUAGAUGAUGAAGCAAACUCGGUGUAUGCAUCAUCGUCAGUCAGUGCAGUCGCAGGUAUUUUGGAGAACUCGGCGUGGAAGGAGUCGUCGGUACCGCCGGCCGGUCGGCUUGGAAACGAGCUCUCCGAUUCUUCGAGCAGCGAGGCGGAGAAAGAGACGCACGGGGUCCACUUCGUGGUGGGUGACGGACCGGAAGAGCCCGCUGUCGCGCCGGGAAAGAGCGCGCCGUGCAAAGAGAAAUCCAACAUAGUACGCUGUUACAGCCAGGACACAAAUAUACAGCUCAACGAAGACAAGACCACGUCGUUUCUGCCGAAAACAUCGUACUCGGAGAACUCGCUUGACGUAACGGACAGGUCCGGCUGUCGUCCCGCGGCAGCGUUGACGACGAUGGUGACGACGACGACGACGACAACGACAACGACAACGACAACGACGAUGAGCGUGAAGAAGCCGCUCCGGGAAUUGCCCACGGUAAUGUCAGUCGACGACGAGACGCUCUCGACCGAUUCCAAUUCUACCGCCGACAACGACGAGCUUAAACGAAGGCGCAGGAAGCUACACUUUCCAGCCUUUAGGAAGAAUAAAAGUAAAGUUACGUGAUGUACGCUAGUCACAUAAUCUCGUUUGUUACUUAAUUGCUAUCCGUUACAAGUUUAGUGGUAAAUCGCGACGUGCACUUAAGAAUUUUACUUUACCAAUAAUUAUUAAUUAUCAGUUACUAUCCGCGCAUACAGACACACAUACAGACACACACGCGCACACAUACACAUACAGAAGGCGUACACACUUCUCCCCCCCCCUCUUUGUCUUUCUUUUCUCCUCCUCGACGCGCGUUGUAGACUCGCAGAAACAGUAAUGUACGAUUUUAGGAUGUUUGUUGUCCCGGUUGUUCCUUCCACUUGCCAAAUUUUUGCGCGCGUGCAAAAUAGUAACGAAAUACGAGUCAGCACGGAGACACCACGGAGAGACAUCCGACCUAGAUAAAUAGAAUUUUUUAGACUCCGCGAUAUUGGAAAGUUCUAAUUACGACAAUAUAUAUUUUCGGUAUGUACUUUUAGGAGACCGAGUGUUCUCCGGGCCUCCGCGAACUUUUAUGAAGUAAGAUUUUUUCACGAUGACAUUAGUGUAAUGAUGACAAUUUAUUGUUAGCGUUAAUCCUUUUUUAUCGCAAUGUAAUUCCGUAGUUUUAGUCAUCGUUUAGGUAUUGGGGCUGGGCACAAAAUCGAUGUUCGGAAACUCACGUCUGUGCGUUAACACGCUUCUAACGUAACCGAGUUGCCAAUGAGAAAAAACGGUACGCGAAGCUCCACGAUCGCGACACGGGUAACCCGCGUGAACUCUCUCAUACCGUCCGUCUGCAAUACGUGCAAUUCACUACGGCGCCUCGGCAAAGCGAGAAACGUUACAAUACGGAUUUUAUACAUUUCUACAAACGUUUUGUAACUCGUAAGUAGACUGUGAGAUACGCGAGGCAAUUAACUUGUCGCGAGGAAAUCUUUUCUGCGCGCGAUGCGUGCAUACUCUCGAUAAGUAACGUUGGGGUUCCGGUCCUGAACUCCCUCUAAGUGUUCUAAAUCAAAAUUACAAUCCCUGAUAAGAAUCUUCGAAGUGCAAUAAUCUAAAAUACUUGUUGGUAAAUUUAAGGAAAAA